CAGUCCCGCGUGACCCGCGCGCCGCUUCCGGCGCGGGAGGAAGAUGUGGAGGGCAUGCAGGGCGCUGCGGCCCUGCGCCGUGGUCUUGGCGCGGUCCCCGGGGACCCGGGCCUGCGGCGGGGGCGGGGGCGUCUCCUACACGCAGGGCCAGACCCCAGAGCCCCAGACGCGAGAGUAUUUUUAUUAUGUGGAUCAUCAGGGCCAGCUUUUCCUGGAUGACUCCAAAAUGAAGAACUUCAUCACCUGCUUCAAAGACCCACAGUUCCUGGUCACCUUCUUCUCCCGCCUGAGACCCAACCACAGCGGUCGCUACGAGGCCUCUUUCCCCUUCCUCUCGCCCUGCGGCAGAGAGCGCAAUUUCCUGCGCUGCGAAGACCGGCCGGUGGUCUUCACGCACCUGCUGGCCUCGGGCUCCGGGCCCCCGCGUCUCUCCUAUUGCGGCGGCGGUGAGGCCCUGGCCGUGCCCUUCGAGCCGGCGCGUCUGCUGCCUCUGGCCGCCAACGGCCGCCUCUACCACCCCGCGCCAGAGCGAGCGGGCGGCGUGGGUCUGGUGCGCUCCGCCCUAGCCUUCGAGCUUAGCGCCUGCUUCGAGUACCCGCCCGGCGCGCCCGCGCUGCCCUCACACGUGCGCUGGCAAGGCCGCCGCCUCGCCCUCACCAUGGACCUGGCCCCGCUGCUGCUCGCCGCCUCGCGGCCCUGA